AGUUCGAAAGUGAUUCUCUCUCACAUUUGUUAAACUUUCAAGGAAUCAUGGCAAUUCGAUUUCUCUAUUUGUUUAUCUUCCUAAGUUUAUACUUCGAUCGAUCUCUUUCAGACCCAAGAGCCACAGAGGCGGCUCUGAUAUGCAAACAAAACUCGACGGCUGCGAUGGCUGACCGACAAGUCUUCGUAGCUAACUUCUUGGCAACCAUGGACGCUUUAUCUCCUCAAGUAUCCACUCAGAUGUACGGAACAGCUGUCAAUGGCUCAGGAAAUACAACUGUGUAUGCUUUUGGAGAGUGUAUGAAGGACUUGUCUCAAACCGAUUGUAAUCUCUGUUUUGCUCAAAUCAAAACCCAGAUUCUACGUUGUCUUCCUUUUCAGAGAAUGGUUCGUGGGGGAAGAUUAUUUUAUGAUGGGUGUUAUUUAAGAUACGAUGAUCAUAUGUUUUUUAAUGAAAGUUUGAGUUUAGUUGAUAGAACUGUUUGUGGGUUGAAUAAUUCUGUGGGAUCUGAGAGUGUUUUUGCUCAGAAUGUUGAUGAACUAGUGAAGAAUUUGACUGGGGUAGGGGUUUUGAAAGAUGGGUUUGCUGUUGGUUUUGUUAAUAGAGGGAAUUUGUCUGUUUAUGGUUUGGCUCAGUGUUGGGAGUUUGUGAAUGGAAGUUCUUGUGAUAAGUGUUUGUCUGAUUCGGUUUCUAAGAUUGGAUCUUGUGUUCCGAAGGAUGAAGGAAGAGUGUUGAAUGCAGGUUGUUAUUUGAGAUAUUCCACUAAGAAAUUCUAUGAUAAUUCCACCAUUAUUCAGCUUCCAAACAAUGGAGGUGGAAACCAUUUAGCCAUUGUCCUAGCUUCAACAUUAUCUUCUUUAGCUUUGGUGCUAAUUAUAGCAGCAACAGCAUUUCUGGUCAGGCAGAGACUUGCAAAGAAGAAAAGAGAAAGGAAGCAGCUAGGAGUCAUGUUGGCAGUGGUUAAUAAAUCUAAACUCAAUGUUUCAUACGAAGCUCUUGAAAGGGCCACAAACUAUUUCAACGAUUCCAACAAAUUGGGACAAGGGGGUUCCGGUUCAGUAUACAAAGGGACUCUUCAAGAUGGUGAGAUUGUGGCUAUUAAGAGACUUUUCUUCAAUACAAGACAAUGGGUAGACCAUUUCUUCAAUGAAGUCAAUUUGAUAAGUGGCAUUCAUCACAAAAAUCUAGUAAAGCUUUUGGGAUGCAGCAUUACCGGACCAGAAAGCCUUCUUAUCUACGAGUAUGUACCAAACGGGAACCUUAAUAGUCUCCUCUUCGGAAGAAGUAGGGAAAUAGGGUUGAGAUGGGAAAUGAGAUUUAAGAUCAUACUUGGAACAGCUGAGGGUUUGGCGUAUCUUCAUGAAGAAUCGAACUUGAGAAUCAUACAUAGAGAUGUUAAAUUGAGUAAUGUACUUUUAGAAGCUGACUACACACCGAAGAUAGCUGAUUUUGGGCUCGCUAGACUAUUCCCGGAAGACAUGACUCAUAUUAGCACGGGCAUUGCAGGCACAUUAGGCUACAUGGCUCCAGAGUACGUGGUUCGAGGGAAAUUGACAGAGAAAGUUGACGUUUACGGCUUCGGUGUCCUUCUGAUCGAGGUGGUAUGCGGAAAGAAAAACGCCUCUUUCGGGGAGAGCUCCUUCUCCAUUUUGCAAACGGUAUGGCGGCAUUACGAAACAAGGACACUGGUUGAGGUAAUUGAUGGAUCGAUGGACGGAGAGUUUGAAGGGGAAGACAUUUGUAGGGUGCUUCAAAUAGGACUGCUUUGCGUACAAGCAUCGGCGGAACUAAGACCAUCUAUGUCUAACAUUGUGAAGAUGUUAAAAGACGAGAUGGAGAUGCCUGAGCCGACACAACCUCCGUUUCUUAACUCGAGUAGUGCAGAGUUCGGUCCGAGUGUUAAGCCCGAAGAAACUCCCAAAAACCAAUCUUACACUCAGUCUUCUGGGAAUAGCUUAACACAAAGCUGGAUUGAGCCUAGAUAGUACUCAUCAUUUAUGUAAUAAUGCUAGAUAGAAGUCUUCAAAAAUCCUCAUUAGUAAAUUAU